ACUCAUGCAUUUUAUAUGAAAAAAAAAUAAAAAAGAUAAUUCGCAACUCGCAAGGAUCCUCCGAGAAAACCCUAGCUGAAGCCCGCGCCGCCGUCUCUCUCUCUCUCUCUCUCUCUCUCUCUCGCGUGCGCGAGCUAUCCACCCGAAUCGGAUCGCGCGGUUUCGGAUCGGGAGGGGAGGAGGUGAAGGCGAACGCAGCCAUGGCGGAUGAGGAGCAUAUGGAGAGGAAGGAGGAGGCCUCGGAGCUUGCUCCGUUUGAUCCAACCAAGAAGAAGAAAAAGAAGAAGGUUCUUAUCGAAGAUCCUUCUGAUGAGGUGGAAAAGCUGGCAGAGAAGACAGAAAGCUUGACAGUCACAGAACCAGCUGAGCUCAACUUCACUGGGAUGAAGAAGAAGAAGAAGAAACAUGUGGAUCUUGAUUCAUCUAUUGAUGAUCUUGGAGAUGGGGAGGACACUCUAGAUGAUCAAGCUGCAGAGGAGGAAGAAGGGAAAGGCAUUGUGCUUGGUGGUGCCCCUAGAUAUACUUGGGAGGGGACUGACAGGGAUUACAAAUAUGAAGAGCUUCUGGACAGAGUGUUCAACAUUCUGCGUGAAAACAACCCAGAUCUUGCUGGGGACAGGCGAAGAACUGUCAUGAGGCCACCUCAGGUUCUUAGGGAGGGCACAAAGAAGACAGUUUUCGUGAAUUUUAUGGACUUGUGUAAAACGAUGCAUAGGCAACCUGAGCAUGUGAUGAUGUUUUUGCUUGCUGAAAUGGGAACAAGUGGAUCACUUGAUGGGCAGCAAAGGUUGGUGAUCAAAGGAAGAUUUGCUCCAAAGAACUUUGAAGCAAUCCUGAGGAGAUACAUCAAUGAGUAUGUCAUCUGCAACGGAUGCAAGAGUCCUGAUACAAUUCUAUCAAAGGAAAACCGUCUGUUCUUCCUUCGCUGUGAACAGUGUGGAUCGUCAAGGUCUGUUGCUCCAAUCAAGGCUGGAUUUGUUGCUCAAGUUGGUCGUCGGAAGGCCUGAACACAAGCCAAAGUUUUGGAUCGUUUAUCCUGUGUGCUGCCAUGUGGUGUAAGAAUUGAAUAUGCGCUCCAUUUGGUUACCAAUUUUGCAUAGUGCCCUUCUGUGGCCAUGUGUGGCCUUUUUUGGGGUCAUGUGAAUGCAAUGAGGUUUCAGUUUUGAUUAUC